CACAUUUUAUUUCAGACAUGAAGAUGAAGAGAGUCAAGUCAGAGCUGUUCAGGAUAGUCAUCAAGAACAGACAGAGAACUUGCAAGUUUCUUUUAUUUCUUGCACUUUGUUACAUACUAGCCAUCACUAUAAUACAACUACCAUUUGAUCUCAAACUCCCAUUUUCUUCUGACUCACUCACUCCACUUCUACUUCACAAAAGUGAACCUCAGCUAAAUCAAGAACUAAUCCCAUUUGAGCCCACAACAUUGAUAAAUCAAUCACACAAUGACCAAUACAAAUUUUUGUCAAGACUGAAUUUUGAUGACAAAAAUGGACUUUUAACUGAUAUGGACAAGGCUGUGUAUGAAGCUUUUCAAGUGGGUCAUAAGUUUUGGGAAGAGAUCAAAGAAUCCUGCCCACAUUCGAUGCUGCUUUCGGGUUUUGAGUUCAGUGACAAAGGGAAGAACCUUAUGGUGAUUCCUUGUGGCAUGGCUUUAGGAUCAGAGAUUACUCUGGUGGCUAAGCCUAGAAAAGGCCAUUUUGAGAAGGAACCAAGGAGAGUGGGGCAGUUUACAAUGGUGUCUCAGUUUGUGUUGGAGUUGCACGGUCUGAAAAGUGUUGAUGGGGUGGAACCACCAAAGAUUUUGUAUUUUAAUCCUAGGUUGAAGGGGGAUUGGAGUGGGAAGCCUGUCAUUGAGCAGAAUACUUGCUAUAGGAUGAAAUGGGGCUCCGGGCUUCGCUGUGAGGGUUGGGCAUCCAGGGCUGAUGAAGAAACUGUUGAUGGUCAGGUAAAGUGUGAGAACUGGAAGCGAGAUGAUGAUAAUCAUUCUGAGCGGCCUAAGACCAGUUGGUUGUCGAACCUUCUUGAAGGUAGAACAAAGAAGGUCACUGUUGAUUGGCCAUAUCCAUUUGAAGAAGAGAAAUUGUUUGUUUUAACUAUUAGUGCUGGACUGGAGGGUUAUCAUGUCAAUGUUGACGGAAGGCACGUCACUUCAUUUCCUUACCGAACUGGUUUUGCACUUGAGGAUGCAACAGGAUUGUCCCUAAAUGGGGACAUUGAUGUCCAUUCUAUAUUUGCUACAUCUUUGCGCACGUCACAUCCUAGCUUUGCUCCUCAGGGUCAUCUUGAUAUGUCCACUAGUUCAGAAGCUCCAUCUGUUUUGCCAGGACCUGUUGAAAUGUUCAUUGGUAUACUCUCAGCUGGCAACCAUUUUGCGGAGAGAAUGGCUGUCAGGAAGUCUUGGAUGCAGCACGAGUUUGUACAAUCUUCAAAAGUUGUUGCUCGUUUCUUUGUAGCACUGACUGGAAUAAAGGAAGUAAAUUUUGAUAUAAGGAAGGAAGCAGAGUUCUAUGGUGACAUUGUCAUCGUGCCCUACAUGGAUAAAUAUGACCUUGUGGUCCUGAAAACUCUUGCAAUUUGUGAAUUUGGGGUUCAUAGAACAGCUGCUAAAUACAUCAUGAAGUGUGACGAUGACACGUUUGUUAGACUGGAUGCAGUCAUUCAGGAGGCAAAUAAUGUAGCUGCUAAUAAGAGCUUGUAUGUUGGAAACAUUAAUUAUAACCAUAAGCCCCUGCGAAAGGGUAAAUGGUCAGUGACUUAUGAGGAAUGGCCAGAGGAAGAUUAUCCACCAUAUGCAGAUGGUCCAGGAUACAUUAUUUCAUCAGAUAUUGCACAAUUUAUUGUGUCCGAGUUUGAAAACCAUAAACUAAGGUUGUUCAAAAUGGAAGAUGUUAGUAUGGGGAUGUGGGUCGAGAAGUUCAAUAGCUCAAAACCUGUCGAGUACAUACACAGCCUCAAAUUCUGCCAAUUUGGAUGCAUUGUAGGUUAUUAUACAGCACAUUAUCAAUCUCCUACGCAGAUGAUGUGCUUGUGGGAUAAACUGCUAAAUAGCACAGGCAGACCCCAAUGUUGCAACAUCAGAUGAUAGUGUCUGUAACACAAAAGACUCGUAUUUCAGAUGACGGUGUGUGUGACACAGAGGACUCGUAUUUGGUGUAUAAAUUCUUCGGAUGCUGGAUGCUCAGGGUAUAUAUGUCGAGGUUUUUGGAAGCACUGCUAAGAAAUUCAUUCAUUUUUCUUUAUCUUUUCUCUGUGACAUUUGUUAAAUUAUCUCUGUAAAGACCAUAUAUACAUAGCUCUGUAAUAUGCAAUACAAAAGAAUGAAAUCUAACUUAUGCUACGAAUUCGUAUGACUGAACUCUCAUGCUGAAUUGCCAUUGGUGGUAAUACUGCAGAGUUUAAGCUCUGAA